CAAAAUAAAGAAGCGAAACUGAAUUCCUCUGCAUAAAUUCAAUAUUUGGAAUGAUUCAAUAAAGCAGCAACCUUUGUGUGAAGAUUUUGAUCGAAGCUUGUCGUAGGCGCGUUCUGUGUUUCCCUUCUCAUAUUUGAAUCCUAUCCUCAGUUUCGCAGACCCGAUCGAAAACUUCAACAGAAGAACCAACAAAAAACAAAAAAGAAAUCAUGGCUUGCUGUGUCCCAUUCAACAGCAAAAAUCUGGACUUAAGUUUCUUCGUGUUCAAACCAACCGUUGUUCUUGUCGAAAAUCUUGUUCAUGGUCUCAAACAAUUCUCCUCGCAGACCGAAACGCUUGGUUGUUUGCAGAGUUCUAUAUUCAGAAGCAUCCAUGGAAACCGGAUCAUAUGGUAUGGAGCAUGGAAGAAGCGGUCUAGCGAGAAGAAAGAGCAAUUGGCAGAAACUCUGUUAUCAAUGCUAAAAAGUGUAUCAAGCAUGGGAGUGUUAGUAGAGCAUAGCUUCCUUGAUGCAUAUGCUGGAGAAUCAAGAGAUGGUUCCUCUGCUGCAAAAUUCUGCAGUGGUGAUAUAAUCUCCAUGCACUCUGCAUCCACCACCAGCAAGGACCUGAGUGACCUGUGCUACGCCGUGCUGGCGCUGUUCCGGUCCCGGUUCGCCAAAAUGGAGGGCAUGGCUUCAGGUUUGUGUGUGAAAGGCCAAAACAUGCCCAGAGUGAUAUGCAUUCAUGUCUGGAAUUCUCUCCACUUUUUCUACUCUUGGAUUCUCAGCUCUGAUCACAGAAAGUGGAUGCUUCCAUACCUUGAACGUUUCUCUACUUCUGACAUAAAGUAUGAUGUUUAUAGAGUAGUUUAUGUUAGUGCUGACAUUAAUGUCAUCAAUCUUCAAGCUUCUUCUCCACAUCAUCAUCAGAUGUUUGAGAAUGCAACAGAAAGCUUCUCAGAUAGUAAUACUAGACUUGAUGCUAAGUCCUGUUGAAUUCAAACUCCAGCCUAGCUCCUUAUAUGCUUCUCUCUGCCUUGUAAAUGAUGUAUAUCAGCUUUGAGCGCUCCUGAGAAUAUUAUGAAUAUAUAUA